AUGCGCUUCGCCACCGCCGCCACCGCCCUCGCCCUCACCGGCUUCUGCAGCGCCGCCGUCCUGCCGCGCGCCACCGAGCACAAGGUCUACGUCGACACUUCCAAGUGCGCCGACAACGGCCGCACCCUGCCGCAGAUCUACGGCAUCUCCAACUCGACCUCGCAGGACUUCACCGACCCGCAGCGCUUCGACGGGCCCACCUUCACCUUCACCGUGCCCGCCUACUACCAGGGCCACCUCUGGCUGUACAACAGCGACGACCAGGCCGCCUCGAGCGGUGACAACACCCCCCUGAACGUCCAGGGCGUCGACUUCUACUUCUACGACCAGCCCACCGACGUCGAGCGCAACCAGGCCACCGUGCCCGCUGAGGGCGACGCCAACCAGGACGGCCAGGUGUACAGCGUUCCCGACCCCAUCACUGCCGUCCGCUUCGCCAGCACCCCUAGCAGCACCUUCAUCGAGGGCAAGAGCGGCGGCACUCUGUACAGCACCCAGGAGGGCGACGCUCUGUACGUCUACUACUGCGAGGAGUGGCCCGUCCAGAACUAG